CGGCCCUAUUGGCUGAAGCUCUAGGGGCGUGGCCUGCGCUCCCCGCCCCGCGGGCCACGCCCCCUCCAGCCCCGACCCGCAGUCGGAGCGAAGCGGCGCGCGCAGCGGGUCUCCAGGUCAGCCAUGUCAUCUGAGCCACCUCCGCCAGCGCAGCCCCCAGCCCACCCGCCGUCGGGGCUGCUGGGCCCCCAGCGGGCUCGUGACCGCUCCCCUUCCCCGCUUCGGGGCAACGUGGUGCCCAGCCCACUGCCCACGCGGCGGACGAGGACCUUCUCGGCCACCGUGCGGGCGUCACAGGGCCCCGUGUACAAAGGCGUCUGCAAGUGUUUCUGCCGCUCCAAAGGGCACGGCUUCAUCACGCCGGCGGACGGCGGCCCCGACAUCUUCCUGCACAUCUCGGACGUGGAGGGGGAGUACGUCCCCGUGGAAGGCGACGAGGUCACGUACAAGAUGUGCUCCAUCCCGCCCAAGAACGAGAAGCUGCAGGCCGUGGAGGUGGUCAUCACCCACCUGGCCCCCGGCACGAAGCACGAGACCUGGUCAGGGCACGUGGUCAGCUCCUAAGGGACGCCGGGGGCCCGGGAGACUCUGGGGGCCGAGGCGGUGGGGCCAGACCGGAGGGGACAUUCUGCUGCGGGAGAUGGGGCUCCCCGGAGGGGGCGCAGG